UAGGUUUGGUUCUUCGAGACCAUUUCGGUGGUGUCCCAUGAGCGGUGAGUUCCUUCCACCAGUACGUUAUUGAUCCGAUGGUGGCGGGAGCAUUUGCAGCUUGGCAGGGGAUUGGUUUAUGUCGAGCUUUGGGUUACCAAUAUCUUCAGUUGGAGGGUAAUUAUAAGGUGGUUGUGAAAGCUAUUCUCUCGGAUAGUUUAUCGCAAGUUAAGGUUGAGUCUAUUAUUGUCGAUAUACAUGCACACGCCAAUUCUUUCCAACAGUGUGAGGUGAAGUUUGUGGGGAGAAAGGGCAAUAGUGUGGCUCACUCGUUAGCACGUUUGGCUGUAAAUCAGGAAGUGUCUGUUGUCUGGGUAGAUACUUAUCCGAUAUCAGCCGCAGUGUCUAUGACUGUGGAUGAAGCGGGUAGUAGCUCCAUAUGGAGUAGAGAGCAAGAUAAGGCAUUUGAGAAUGCCCUGGCAACUCAUCCUGAAGAUGCUUCAGAUCGAUGGGAGCAAAUUGCAGCUGAUGUACCAGGGAAAACCCUAGAAGAGAUUAAAAAUCACUACAAGCUCUUGGUUGAUGAUAUUGACCAGAUUGAAUCUGGCUGUGUGCCUCUGCCGCAAUAUAAUUCCUCUCUAGAGGGUUCAACAAGCCAUGCCGGUGAUGAAGGAACUGGUAAGAAGGGUGGCCAUGUGGGGCAUUAUAACAGUGAGUCUAAUCAUGGAAGUAAGGCUUCAAGGUCAGAUCAGGAACGCCGUAAGGGGAUUGCUUGGACUGAAGAUGAGCACAGAUUAUUUCUUCUUGGUUUGGAAAAAUAUGGGAAAGGGGACUGGCGAAGUAUAUCUCGAAACUUUGUGGUGACACGAACACCUACACAAGUGGCAAGCCAUGCACAAAAGUACUUCAUCCGUUUGAACUCGAUGAACAAAGAUAGGAGGCGAUCGAGCAUUCAUGACAUCACCAGUGUUGGCAAUGGAGACAUUCUGGCACCCCAAGGACCAAUUACUGGUCAAACAAAUGGUGGUUCUGCAGGAGGUUCCUCUGGCAAAUCAACCAAACAAACUCCUCAGCCCCCAGCUGGGCCGGCAGGUGUUGGCAUGUAUGGCACUCCGACGAUAGGGCAGCCGAUAGGAGGAUCCCUUGUCUCGGCAGUUGGUACCCCAGUGAGUCUUCCUACAGGAGGCCAUAUGGCAUACGGUGUAAGAGCCCCUGUACCUGGAGUUAUGGUUCCUGGUGCCCCAAUGAAUAUGGGUCCAAUGGCAUAUCCAAUGCCGCAUACAUCUGCACAUAGGAAGGAAUUACCUGAAUCUAUUGAACCCAUGAAUGCAACACCAAGCCCCUCCUUUCCUCGCACACUCAGAAGAGUCCCCAAACCCCCAGACAUUUCUUCAAGACCGCACAAGCUCCUCACUUCCCAUUCUAGCAUUAGGGUCUUAGCCACCCAGAAUGCACCAAAGCCCGCAAAUUCUUGUCCCCAAAAUGCCCAUUAUGAUCCAGGAAAUUUACCCCUCUGGACUGCCACUGAGAUAGCUGAAGCUGUAAAUGGAAGAAUUGUGAAAUGGGGUUCUCCUGGGACCAUUUCUACAGACACUAGAGCCCUUGAGCCCAACCAAUGGUUCUUCGCCAUUGCCGGCGAAAACUUCGAUGCCCACGAUUUCAUAACCCCGGAAUUAUCCGGAAAAGGAUGUGUCGGAGUAAUCGGUAACCGGGUUCUCGAGAAUUGGGAUAAGGGUUUUGUCGAAAUCAGUGGUGAUACUGUGAAUUCAUUGGUGAAGAUGGCCAACUAUGCAAGGCAUAGGUUCGAUGGUGCAUUGGUGGGAGUGACUGGUAGUGUGGGAAAAACUACUACAAAGAGUAUGAUAGCUUUGGCUCUUGAAAGCCUGGGAAACCGGGUUUAUCAAAGUCCCGGGAAUUGGAAUAAUAGGAUUGGAGUUGCUUUGUCAUUGAUUGGGAUUCCUAGAAAUGCAGGAAGUGUGGUUUUGGAGAUGGGGAUGAGUGCAAAGGGCGAGAUUUUGGAGCUUGCAAGGAUGGCUAGGCCGUCCAUAAGAGUGAUUUUGAAUGUGGGGUCUUCGCAUUUGGAGAACUUUGCGAGUUUGGAGGAGGUUGCAGUGGCAAAAGGGGAGAUUCUAGCGGAAGUGAAGCCCGGGGAUAUGUGUGUUUUGAAUGCUGACGAUCCAUUAGUUAUGAGCCUUCCUAUUCCAUAUGGCGUUAAAAAGGUGCUCUUUGGUCGGAGGGAGGGGUGUGAUGUCCGGUUGAUUGUGGCAGAAAGUGUUGAUGGAGGUCUUGGAGUUCGAGUUGUACUAGAGAAAAAUAAAGAGAAGGUAGAAUUUCUAAUUCCUAGUCCCGGUCUGCAUCUGGCGACCAAUGCAUGUGCAGCAGCGGCAGUUGCAACUCUGUUGGGUGCUUCUCUUCCUCAAGUUGGGAUGUGCUUGUCAAGAUUUUGUCCUGUUCGGAUGAGGUCGGAGCUUGAAGUUGCUAAAAGUGGCAUCAAAAUAGUAAAUGAUAUCUACAAUGCCAAUCCUGUUAGCACCAAAGCUGCCAUUGACCUACUAAAGAGCAUUGAUUGCUGUGGUAAAAAAGUUUCUCUACUCGGAGACAUGUUAGAACUUGGUUCAUUUGAGAUGAAGUCUCAUGAAAUGAUUUUAAACCAUUGUUGUGAUUCCCGUAUUGACUUAGUUGGCCUCGUUGGGAAGAGAUAUUUUGCAGCAGCUGAGAAUUUGAAUUUAUUUGAUAAGAUAAAUACUGUACAUACCCAUGAUGCAGCAACCCUUGCACUGGAAAUUGUGAAGAGGCUAGAUUGUAAUGAUGUUGUUUUGGUGAAGGGUAGUCGUGCAAUGAAAAUGGAGAGCAUAGUUGAUGCAAUUAAAGCAAUGAAUCUGCAGAAUCCAUGUUUAUAGUGAUUCUUAUUUUGAUGCUGAUAAGGCUUCUGAAUUUUACUGGACGAAAGUGCUUCUUUUUGCAGUUUACU